AUGGCCGCUACUGCGUUAUCGGGCGCCGCGUUCGGCGCUGCCAUGAUGGCCGCCGGCUUCCAUCAGCCUUCUGUCGUGACUUCGCAGUUCAAGUUUGAAGACUGGCACAUGUUCCAGACCUUUUUGGCAGCCACUGCCUCCAGCGCAGCGAUAUAUGCCCUUGCCGAACGGCUGGGAUACGUGAGCAUCUCGCCGCGGGACUCGUCUCCCCUGGGCCUCUUCUCCAAGUAUGACGGCAACGUCCUGGGCGGCGGCCUCCUGGGCGCGGGCAUGGCUCUGUCGGGCUCGUGUCCCGGCACGCUGUAUGCACAACUGGCGGCCGGCGUUCGGUCAGGCUUCCACGCCUUGGACGGCGCCAUCAUUGGCGGUGUGCUGUGGUCCGGACUGGUGAGCAAGCUGGUCAGGAGACGGCGGGAGAGGACGGGCGUGAAGCCCGAGCCGGGCGUCGUCAGCGAGCAGCUGCGUCUCUCCAACGGCGCCACCCUCGUGUUGCUCGAGGCCGUCUGCGUCGCCGUCGUCGCCGCCACGACACUGCUUUGCACGCCCGCCAGCCCCACGGCCAAGAUAGCCGGCGCGCUGGCCGGUCUCCUCAUCGGCAGCGCGCAGCUCGUCUCCAUCGUCACGCGCAAAACCAUGCUGGGCGUCUCGGGCUCGUACGAAGAGGUGGGCAAUUUCUUCUGGUGGCUCGUCGGGGGAGCCGAUGUCAAUGCCAAGCCUGCCUCGUACCAGAACAUCCUGUUUGCCUCCGGAGUCGCGGCGGGUGCAUGGGGUCUUGUGAAGCUUGUCCCGGGGUUGCCGUCUGGUCCCGUGCGCGAGAUAUCGCCCUUGUUGGCCGUGUCGGGCGGCGUGUUGAUGGCUGUCGGGUCGAGAAUGGCAGGGGGCUGCACCUCUGGGCACGGCAUCAGCGGCAUUUCGCUGCUCUCUACGUCGAGUGUCAUCACCAUCAUGUGUACGUUUGCUGCCGGGAGUGUGGUUGCGCCGUUGGUUCAUUGA